AUGUCAACUUUCGAGUCGUACCGAAGCAUCAACAAGGGCUGCAUUCCGGCAAAUGCCAAGCUCCAGGCGUCUCCCACACACCCCGGCCAAGCUCUCCGCAUGCGUCAACUCGGUAGCAAGGGGAAGCUCUUCGACGGCGGUCAGCCAAUGGGCCGACCCGACAAGCUGGGCCAGCUCGCAAUGUCCAAGUCGUUGUCGUCCUUCGCCAAUGACCCAGUGAAAAGCGACUCCUUGAUCGCCCUCGGGGCGCUCGCAGCGUUCGGUGCUGCAUCGUACGGUCUGCUUCGAAGCCACUGGGAGCGGAACUCAAUGGUGCAAGACCUCAACGAGCGUGAACGCAAAGAGUACCUGCUCAAGCAGCGGGCGCGUGUGAAGCAAGAGCGAGAGGAGCUGCAGCGCUUCGAGAACGCGCAAGUAUUCAAGAUCGUGGUCACAGGAGUGCUGCUGGCACUGGCUGCGCUAGUGCUGCUGUACAAGGGUUGGUUCUUUCUCCUGCUCGCUCUCCUGCUCGCUUUCAGUGUGCUGGUCUGCACUUUCGCCUGA